CCAUUCGCCUUUCCUGCUGUUGUUCUCCAGUAAACCAACUUACCGCUUCACUCUUUUAGCGGGCAUUCUUUUUUGUACUUGAUAUUUUCCACGAUGAAGGGAACGUUCGCCGCCGCUGCCGUGGCUGCCCUGACCGGCGCCGCCAGCGCCUCUCACGCCCACCGCCACGCCCACGAGCUCUUCGCCGCGAAGAGGUUCCAGACUGGCGAGGUCUGUGUUCCGGGAUGCACCACCAUCUGGUCGACCAUUACGGGCGAGCCUACUUUGGUUCCCGCCAAGGUCCCUACGACCUCUGCGGCUCCCGUUGAGCCCACGACCGCCGCUGCGCCGGUCACCACCACCGAGGCCCCGGCUCCCCCUCCUACUUCUGAGGUCGUCGUCGUCCCUGUGCCGACUCCUGCGCCGGUCACCUUCCCUACGCCUGGAACCUACACGAUCCCGGCCACGACCAUCACCCUGACCGACACCACCACCGUCUGCGGUGCCAGCUCUACCCAGGUUCCUCCCGGAACUCACACCGUCGGCGGUGUCACCACUGUCGUUGAGACGGCCACCACCGUUGUCUGCCCCGUUGCCAGCAUCUCAACCAGCGGCACCGUGGUUACCAGCGUCAUUGUGCAGACCACCUACGUCUGCCCUGCCGCCGGUACCUACACCAUUGCUCCCAUCACCACCGUGGUCCCCUCGUCCACCCUCCUGGUCUACCCCGUUCCGACCAGCUACGAGCCCGGCACCUACACUGCUCCCGAGCAGGUCGUCACCGUCACCGAGACCGACUACGUCACCUACUGCCCCUUUGCCAGCUCUGGCCUCCCCACGACGACGGCUGCCCCCGCCCCUGUGACCACCAGCCCCGCCUACGCCCCUCCUGCUCCUGCUCCAGCUGAGACUACUCAGGCUGCUCCCUCCAUCCAGGCUCCCAAGCCCCAGCCUCACGCUCCUAGCGGUGGCCUGAGCGGCAGCAACGACCACUACGGUAUCACCUACACUCCUUAUGAGGCUUCCAGCGGCAACUGCAAGGCCGCCUCCGAGGUUGAUGCCGACAUUGCCAAGCUCAAGGCCGCCGGCUUCCAGGUUAUCCGUGUCUACUCGACUGACUGCAACACUCUCGAGAACGUUGGCAGCGCCGCCAAGAAGUACGGCAUUGACUUGAUCAUUGGAGUCUUCGUCAAGGGUGAUGGCUGCAGCUACGACACCCCCGACAUCAAGAGCCAGGUCGACGCCAUCUCUUCCUGGGCUCAGUGGGAUAUGGUCAAGCUCUUUGUGGUUGGUAACGAGGCUAUUAUGAACAACUUCUGCUCUCCUUCCCAGCUCGCCAGCCUCGUCUCCACCGUCAAGGAGAAGUGCAGCGGCUACAACGGCCCUUACACCAUCUCCGAGACCCUCAACAUCUGGCAGCGCUCUGACGUCUCGUCCGCCAUCUGCGGUGUUGUCGACGUCACCGGUGCCAACAUCCACCCCUUCUUCAACUCCGCCACCACUCCCGAGAACGCGGGUGACUUCGUCUCCGGACAGCUCGACCUCCUUGGCAAGAUCUGCCCUGGCAACGACGUCAUCAACCUGGAGUGUGGCUGGCCCAAGCAGGGUUCUUGCAACGGUGCCGCCUGCCCCGGCGACAGCGAGCAGGCCACCGCCAUCAAGUCCAUCCGUGAGAGCUGCGGUAGCAAGACCGUCUUCUUCUCCUACGAUGACGACCUGUGGAAGCAGCCUGGCAGCUUCGGCUGUGAGCAGAGCUGGGGUGCCGCCGCGGCCUUC